AUGUCUUGUUUCAAAGGAAUUUCAUUGAUGUUAUCAUAUGCUAAUCCAAGAACUAAGCUAAUAUCAUAUGAAGGAACCACAAAGAUCAUAAAAGGGCGUAUAAAGAUCAAAGCAGGAGAAAUUAUGUUUAAAUAUCCCGAUUGUGUUAUUUGCCAUGCAGAUUCUUUUUAUCUCGGGCGUCCAAUCCCUGUCCUGGCCAUCCACGACAAUCUGGUGGCUGGCCGAACUUAUUUCAUCCUCCCUUUGGACCGACUACCAUGUGGCAGUGGACUACUCUCCGCUGCCACAUUACAAUCGCUAUCGGCGGCUCAUUCGCCUAACUGUAGCCCUAAUAUAAGUUUAUUUAGUGGUGGUAAUGAGAGCCCUUUUGAUUAUAUUAAGGAUAAAGAUGGAAGAGUAAUUAUGAUUAAGGUUGUCCCUGAGUUUAUUGCUAAGAUUAUUAAUGGUAAUAAUAGUGAUAAUAAUCAUCCUAUUUAUAAUAGUUUAUGUACAACCCCAGAGUUAAAGAAGGAAUAUGAACAUCUUGUUAGGGCUAAAGAUCAAACAUGGUCUCCAAAACUUGAGACUAUUUCUGAGGUUAAGAUUAGGGCUUCUCCUACUUCUAAACUAUUGAGAUUAGAAUGGAAAACAAACAAUAAAAAGUUCAUUAAUUAA